AUGAAUUGCCAAGAAGAUAAUCCCGCCAUGAUAAGCAAAGCUGUUCCCAUUGGAUAUCAGGACAAUGGAACAUUUGUCUUGGACAUUGAUGCACUGCAACACAGGAAAGAUUUGUACUCAGAUGAGAAUGGUUCAUGGGCAAUGACAGGCUGUAAGGCCAAGUUUUAUACCAUCAUAAGAGAUGAGGAGGGGAAAGUGACUGAACUCGAAAAGGUCAACACUCAGACAAGUUCAGAUGUUGUGGUGAAGAGAAGAACAUACACAUGUUCCUCCUACACAUCCUAUCACAAGACCAUAGUGUCAAUCGAAUUUGGCAAGGACAUUGAAAAAUGGUUUCCACUUGUGCUUCUUAAUUACAAUUUUGAUGGAAAGCCAUCAAAAUUUACAGUACAAAAGCAUGGUAAUCGCACCUCCUCGAAUAUGCCACAUAUUCGAUCGAAAGAGAGCACCAAGCGAAAAGUUGCCGAAAAAGCCAGGGAAUUUGGUCCUAAGAGGGCACUGUACUUCGCAAGAAAGGAAGCCGGUGGUAUCUGUGAAGUAGACAGUAUCAGUUCUAUCCCACGCAACUUGAAGCAGGUAGAAUACCUAACUCGUAAACCAUCAGUUAAAAAAGACCCACUGGCAUCUGUUCUAGAACUGCAGAAGACAACUUUUCCUGGUUUCAUCCGUGAAGUAGUAUGCAACGAUCUCCCUACAGUCAUGCUAUUCACUGACCAACAGUUGGACAAUAUCGUGAAAUUUUGCUGUCAUGAAAGGGUAAAUCAAGUCUCUGAGCUCGGAGUGGACGUGACAUUUCAACUCGGUCCUUUCUAUGUGCUUGUAACAAGUUUUAAGAACACAGUUCUUCGAGUGAAGGGAGCCAACAACCACCCCUCCUUUUUAGGCCCAGUAAUGAUCUGCAUGACCAGAGAUGAGUCCACAUACCUGUCAUUUAUUCAUUGCCUUAUACGCGAAAAGCCUGGUCUCAGUGAAUUUCUUCAUGCCACUGGCACAGAUGACGAACGCGCUUUAACAAAUGCUCUUGCUGCCGGUUUCAGAAAUGCGGCACCUUUGCUGUGUUACAUUCACAGCCAAAGAAAUAUUAAGGAGAAAUGUCGAAAGCUUGGUCUCUCCUCGUCAUUAGUGUCCCGCAUUUGUCAAGAUCUCUUCCAACCAAGACGUGGCUUAAUUUGGUCCAGUUCACUAGAAGAGUUUGACAGAAAAUCUACACUACUCAUGUCUGAUUGGGACACCCUGGAACGGUCCGAGAAAUCGGGUCCAUCAGCCUUUACCCAGUAUUUCCGUGACCACAAGCUUGAUGACAUGCGUUCAAAGAUGGCCGCAUUUGUUGUGAAAGAUCUUGGCUUGGGAGACAAACCAUACGAACAGAACAUUCCGGAAUCAGUUAACGACAUGUUGAAAGAUUGGAUGAAGUACAUUCCCCAGGAAAUGGACAGACUCAUUGUCAACCUCUAUGACUUUGUACAAUCAUUCGAUCAGGAAGAGGAAAUGGCGUGGUUCCAGUUAUCAGACAAAUGGGAAGUCAGCCAACAGUUCAAGUGUCACUUGCCAAGCAAGGGUCAUGCAGACAUGAGCCUAGAAGAGAGAAAGGCAUAUAUUAAAAAGGUCAGGAAACUUUGCCCAGACCCAGAAGCUUACAAGAAGUGCUGCAAUUUUAAGGUCCAACCCUUGUGCAGUUCCACGCCCCGUCCAUCUUCAAGAAAGUCUGCUAGUGAUCUCAGCGAUCUUUCUGCUCUUAGUGGCCACUUUUCCAGAGAGGAACAAUCCAGCCUCCUAGAGAAAGCCAAGACGGUUCUGAACAAUGACCAGUUUCGCCAGGGCUUUAAGGACAGUGUCUACUUUGUGGACAGUGGUGGACAACUUCCUCACCGGGUCCAGUGCUUUAAGAGUGGCAAAUGUACAUGUGAUUGCAGUUUCUUUGGGCGUAACAACCUUUGUCACCAUUGCGUGGCUAUUGCCAUCCAUUUAAAUUGUGUGGCGAACAUUGUGGGGGCCUACCAAGGCCGAAGUCUCCACAAAAUCUCAGCAGCGUCCGCCCCAAAAAAUGUUGGAGGAAGGCUCCAUCCAGAAAACGGCCUCUUUCUGCAACCGAGGUAG